UUUCUACGUCGCUCUCUGUUUUCCCUUUCCAUCUAACUCCAUAAGCUUUACUAUAUAAUUAAUAAUCCUAUUCAAAUUUGUUUCCAACUCUCCAUGGAUGAGUAGGCCUGCUGGGACUCGCUUCAGAGGUUCUUCUUCUUCUUCUUCUUAUCGAUCUAAUUAUCCUAUGCAGAGUUCAAAUUCGUUUAUCUGUUAUUUCUAAAGCUAUCUCAGAUGGCCGCCCUCGAUUUCGAAUCCUUAACAGAGGCAACUUCGGGGGCCAUCGGUGCUCUGCUUAGUACUACCAUUCUUUAUCCCCUUGACACCUGCAAGACUAAGUAUCAGGCAGAAAUUCGGGCUCAAGGUCAGGCAAAAUACAGGCACCUCUCAGAUGUUUUGUGGGAAGCAAUUUCAAGUGGUCAGGUUCUUUCACUGUAUCAAGGGCUUGGGACCAAGAACCUGCAAUCUUUCAUAUCACAGUUUGUCUACUUCUUUGGGUACAGCUACUUCAAAAAGCUGUAUCUGAGGAGGAGCGGAAUGAAGUCCAUUGGAACAAAAGCAAACUUAAUUGUUGCUGCUGCUGCUGGGGCUUGCACUGUCAUAGUAACACAGCCUCUGGAUACAGCGUCAUCAAGGAUGCAGACCUGCACAUUUGGGAAAUCCAAAGGUCUGUGGAAGACACUUUCAGAAGGAACUUGGAGUGAAGCAUUUGAUGGUCUUGGGAUAUCCCUUCUUUUGACCUGUAACCCAUCUAUUCAGUACACAGUAUUUGAUCAGCUGAAAGAAAGACAUCUGACGAAGCAAAAGAACAACAAAGCAAGUGGAGAGUCUUCGAAGGUAGCCCUUUCGGCAUUUUCAGCUUUUGUAUUGGGGGCUGUCUCAAAGAGCAUAGCCACCUUCUUGACGUAUCCUGCUAUUAGGUGUAAAGUUAUGAUCCAGGCUGCUGACCCAGAUUGUGAUGGGUCCAAGGAGGCUAAACCCAAGUCCUCCAAAACUGUCUCAAGUGUAUUAUGUUCAAUUUGGAAAAGGGAAGGGUUGCUAGGUUUCUUCAAAGGAUUGCAUGCUCAAAUUCUGAAAACUGUGCUAAGCUCAGCUUUGCUUCUCAUGAUUAAGGAGAAAAUCACGAGGACCACUUGGGUCCUGAUGCUUGCACUCAAGAGGUAUCUGUUGUUCGUGCCACCUAAAUUAAAGAAUGCAUAAAAACAACAAAGAUAAUGUACGCAUGGAUCUUUUGUAAAUAAACGUGGCAUGAAUUAGUUUCUAUCCAACCUUAAGAAUUUUGUAGCUGAGGAAUAAGUGCUACUCAGAAUAUCAAGCCCGAGUUUAAUGAGUCAUGGAGGGAAGUGCAGAUUGUCUUAACAUUUUUUUAUUUUCUUUUAUCUUUUGAAUAAACAACUAUGGUUGUACUCUGUUUUGUUUCUGAGAAUGUGUAAUCCUCCCUCUCAACUUGAGGGUUACAAUGCACAAGACAAGGAUGGAAUAACAACCAUCAAUAGUAUUGUCUACUUGACUA